ACUGUUCUAUCCUCACUCCCUCUAUAAAGCCCCGCACAAAGAACACUUCACCUCAUCACCGAGUUUUUUUUUAGCUCCUCCUCUCGCCUUACCUCUUCACCUCAAACUUUCUUUAUUUACCGUUUGAUCUCAACUUGUUCUUUGAUCACAUCUCUCUAAGCUCAGGAAAUGAAGAAAAUUGUGUUGAAAGUGGAGUUGCAUGAUGAGAAAGCCAAGAAAAAAGCCAUGAAGAAAGUCUCUGGUUUUUCAGGGGUGGAUUCAGUAUCCAUCGACAUGAAUGACAAGAAGAUGACAGUGAUAGGGGGCAUUGAUCCAGUAUACUUAGUGACCAAACUGAGAAAGCUGUGUCGCACUGAAAUAGAUACAGUAGGACCGGCAAAAGCGCCUGAGAAGAAAACAGAAACGAAGCCGAAGAAACGUCCAGAUCCUGUGGCUUCCCUGCCCCAUCAUCCUCAUAAGCUCCCAAGUCCUUGUAUCAUUUCUUAAUUUGAUGUUAAAAACAAAUAUAAUAUAUAGAUAUGAAAUAAGUGAAAAAAAACUAUAGCUCAUAAAAGGCCAAUUUGUUCAUGUAAUGCAUGGUGUUCUAAAAGAAAAUUAUUGCAAGAAAAGUACAAUAUUGUUACCUUAAAAACCUCAUCCUCCAAGGAAAUAUGAAAACUAAAGUGAUGGAUGGAUGCAACAUGGUGAACAUUGUGAUGACUAAUGUUGUUUUGGCAUAUCUUCUACGACCAAUCUCAAAUACUGUCCUGCAAUUCUACUGUUUUGUAUGAAAAGGCCAACCCCUUUUCCACUCCACUGACUUUCGGUUUUCUCCGCUAUUAGUGUUCUUCGCUUUUGUUAGUAAGAUAGUGGUAAAGCCCUUCUCCACCUAGACAGGAUGCCACCUAAUGUUUGCUUUGCAUACCACAACGCCAGACACACGUUA